CCUCUACCUAUGCCCCUUAUUCUCACGAGCUGACCAAUUUACCUAUUGUUUUUUUUUCAUUGCUUUUCUUCCUUGUACCGAGUAGAUGCUUUCUAUAUUUAUUUAUUUUUCCGCCUAAAAUCAGUUCCUAGAAAGAAUCUGCUGUUCGAAGUCGUUUAUAAGUCCGUUAAUAAAGAUGGAGACUAGUUCUCGUCGUAAAGCAUGCGAUACUUGCUUCAAGAAGAAAAUCAAGUGUGACAUGCUGAAGCCAGCGUGUUCGAACUGUGUACUAUAUAAAGUGCCGUGUAGCACAACUGUAGUUCGAAGAAGAGUUGCCCCGGUUGCUCAGAGGGAAGCACGGGCAGCAAGCACCGCCGUGAAUGGCGAUAGUCUCGAGGCUCGUCUUGCGCGGAUCGAGGCAAAGUUAGACAGGAUUAGCGACCCUAACGCAUCCACGAUAGCAGAUCAAGGGUCUAGUGGCACAUCAAGUCAAGCUGUGGGAUCUGCUAUUUCGUCGAUCGAUACUUCCUCAGGGGCAUCCAGUCCGUGUAUUUUGGAGCGCCAUGGGGAACACUACGUGCCACCUCUCACUGAAAUAUUGCCGAUUAUCGAGGACUACUUCCGUGAUUUUAAUACUGCCCUGCCGCUGUUUCACCAGCAGCAUUUCAUGCAAAUGGUUUUGGACUUCUAUUCCGAGCAGGAACCUUCUAAGAAGUCUAGGGCCGUCUGGGCUGCUAUAAACGUAGUCCUUGCCCUCGGUUUCCGCAUCCGCACCGUUGAGACAGACGAAAUCAUAGUUAGAUUUGACGAUAUUAAAAUCAAGCAUUGCAUCGACAACGCCCAGAAAGAACUGGACGAGCUUGUGACGCGAGAAGAAGACACUCUCGGGAUAGAAGUUCUCUUAGGUCUAGUUUUGCUCUUCCAGACAAAUACCGACCAGAAACCAGCGUCGGUUCUGAUUAGCACCGCUGUUCGACUAGCCCAUAGGCUCGGGCUUCACAUGAAAUCAACCUUGUCCCAAUAUUCACCGGAGGUCGCACGCCAUAGAAGCAAUAUUUUCUGGCUCUGUUACUACUUGGACAAAGACAUCUGCUUCCGCUCGAAAAUCCCCUCUCUCCAAUGCGAUUACGAUUUGGACUUGGACCUACCCGAAGACAAUGGCAAUUAUCUUCAAAGUAUCGAUGGGAAUUCACAACUCAACUACCUCCGAGCCAGAGUCCAACUUGCCUACCUGCAAGGGAAAAUUUAUGACUACCUGCUCAGCAACCGCUCGUCCAGAUUAUCGCUCGAGGCUCGCCAGGAGAGGGUUGCCCACCUUGCCGGCCUCCUGAAUCAAUGGGUAUUGACAAUACCAGAAUCGAUGCAGCUCGAAAAGAUAACCGAGACAGUGGCGAAGGCACCGCUUUCUCAUAUGAUCCUUCUAUAUCACACUUACCUAAUGUGCUAUACGGUGCUUAACGGUCUCUACUCUCUCGACUCGCCUUGGUUAAAAGCGAUCAAUGGAGUUGGCGGUUCCCUUCUUCGCAGUUUCGACAAUCACGCAAGCCCUUGUACGAGGCAUCAUCAACCACUACUACCUCGUUUUUGGGACACGUGCGUGAGAGCUAGUCGCGGAUGUUUGAACAUAUUAAACAAUAAAAGCUAUAGUGGAUGUAACCUAUGGCUCGGCGGCUGUGCCUACUUUUCUGCAUUCAUUGUCUUGCUAGCUAAUAUAGUAUACUGUCCUUCGCACGAGCUAGUGGAUCACGAUCGAGAACUCACCAAGAUGACAAAAGAGCGCAUUGGGAGGCUACUGGACUACACCGGGUCGGAGUCUUUCAAGACUCUCCAAGUUGUUCUUACAAGCUUGGAGCAGGCCGCGAAUUACGCGGUCGAGCGGGCGAAGGGCCUUGGUAGGACUUUUGAUCCUAUACCGUCUACUACGUAUUCUCAUUACGCGUAUGCUCCAUCGCAGUUUGGGACAUUUCCCAACGGCGUAAGCCAGAACAUGAUUGGUCAUCCCGAGGUGCCGGCUCAGGAGUCGGCAUGGCCCCAAGAUUCGACUUUCGGGAUUCCCGGCAGCGCCCUUGCCGGAUUCGAUUUCAGCGAUGAGCUGUCGGUACCGGAUUUUAUGAGGGGACUCUUCUGAGAAAAGGGGCGCAUGCACCAACGGAAUCUCGCGCUUGGUUGACGGGUAAGUAAGACAUGUGUGUAAUGAGAUGAAAACUAAAAGGAGGCGUAUUGUUCUGAUUGAAACAAAUAAGCAUAGGUGAGAAAGCCCCUGAUGUAAUUUGUCAAUUUGACAUUUACACCAACCUACACUAGAACGGAUCCAAACGGCGAUGACGAUAUGAAGGUAAUAAUUCUAAGAAGGGGAAUAUUAUCGAUGUGCCCACGCAGCAUAGAAUUAGAGCUCAUGUACUGUAAUUGGGUACCUUGACAACAGGCUUGGAUGAUAACAUAUCUGAAAUAGAUGAUUGGCUCAAGCUAUGCUGAGAAAUGUGGAACACGGGAGAGCCAAGUUGAAUUAUGAUGUCAUGAGUCGGUGCAACAAACAUAACUCUGGCCAUUGAGAAGGUUGGGAUUACAACUCCCGAUCAAUAAAGUGUGUAAGGAUGCAUUACGACAUGCAAGUUAAGACUUUAAGUUAUUAAGUUAAGUACCUAUAGAGCCGUGGGGUAGUGAUAGAAUACAUACCUAGGUAGGUAGGUAGGUAGGUACUUGAUCGGCG